GACGGUGGCCCCGCGAUGUCGCUGGUGUUGCUGAGUUUGGCCGCGCUGUGCUGGGGUGCCCUGCCCCCGGAGCCGACGAUUCAAUGUGGCUCUGAAAAUGGACCAUCUCCAGAGUGGAUGGUCAGUCACACUCUGACCCCAGGAGACUUGAGGGACCUUCGAGUGGAACCUGUUAAAACCACUGUUGCAAUGGAAGACGAUUCCAUUUUGAUGAAUAUAAGCUGGAUACUCCGCGCAGAUGCCAGCAUCUGUUUCUUGAAGGCCACCAAGAUCUGUGUGUCAGGCAAAAGCAAUGUCCAGUCCUACAGCUGCGUGAGGUGCAAUUACACAGAGGCCUUUCAGACUCAGACCAGACCCUCUGGUGGCAAAUGGGCGUUUUCCUACACUGGCUUCCCUGUAGAGCUGAACACACUCUAUUUCAUUGGGGCCCAUAACAUCCCCAAUGCAAAUAUGAACGAAGACAGCCCCUCCAUGUCUGUGAAUUUCACCUCACCAGGCUGCCUAGACCGGGUGAUGAAAUACAAAAAACAGUGCAUCGAGGCAGGAAGUCUGUGGGAUCCAAACAUCACUGCUUGCAAGAAGGACGAGAAGACAGUGGAAGUGAACUUCACGACAAGUCCCCUUGGAAACAAAUACAUGGCCAUUAUCCAGAAUAAGACUGUGAUUGGGACUUCUACGUUGGAGUCUCCACACCAGAGCAACCCAACCCGAGCGUCGGUCGUGGUUCUGGUGACUGCGGAGAGUGAAGGUGCUGUGGUCCAGUUGACCCCGUAUUUCCAUACGUGUGGCUAUGACUGCAUCCGUCGCAAAGGAACUGUUGUGCUUUGUCCACAAACAGGUGUGUCCCUCCCUCUGGAUAAAAGCAGGAGCGUACUGAGCGGCUGGCUGCUUCUCCUCCCGGCUCUGCUGGUGGCCACGUGGGUGCUGGCGGCCGGGAUCUAUCUACUGUGGAGGCAUGAAAGGAUCAAGGCGUCCUUCCCCGCCAGCACGCGACUGCCCCCCAUCAAGGUUCUUGUGGUUUACCCACCCGAAAUGUGUUUCCGGCACACAGUGUGUGACUUCACGGGGUUCCUGCAGAACCACUGCAGGAGCGAGGUCAUCCUGGACAAGUGGCAGAAGAAGAAGAUAGCCGAGAUGGGGCCAGUGCAGUGGCUCACCACUCAGAAGAAGGCGGCGGAUAAAGUCAUUUUCUUUCUCUCCAGCGACAUGAACACUGCCUGUGACGGUACCUGUGGCAAGAGCAAGGGCAGCCCCCAGGAGGACUCCCAAGACCUGUUCCCCCUUGCCUUUAACCUCUUCUGCAGUGACCUGAGAAGCCAGACGCAUCUGCACAAAUACACGGUGGUCUGUUCUACAGAGGCUGACAUCAGAGACGAGUACAGCGCCCUCAGCGUCUGCCCCAAGCACUGCCUCAUGAAGGAGGCUGCCGCUUUCUGCACCAGCCUUCUCCCGGCCGAGCAGCACGGGCCGGUGGGGAAGGGGCUGUGGGCCUGCCACAGCAGCUGCUCCUCCCUGUAGCCCGCCCACGGGAGAACUGAGGCCUGCCUCCCGCCAGGAGAGCUUCGGUGAUGGUUCUGAAGUUUACUGGAAGGGCUCCUUGUAGGGAGGAUUUUAUGUGCACACCUGCUUUAGCUUUAGCUAUAGGAAUAGGGAGGACUCAUAAUGACAUACAUAUGCCUUAGUCUAGUGAUUAAACUUUUUAUGCCGACAGUUGCAAAUGUUACUACUGUAGUAUUAAAGAAUGGAAACUAAAUUUUAAUUAUAAAGCUUAAUCAAUUUCCUAACUAAAAACCAAUGUCAUGUAAAACCGUAACCGUCUGCCGGUGCAGUGAGAGAGCAUCUCCUAGUUGAACGU